AUGACAAUUUUAUGCAUACACAACCCUAGCAAUAGCACAUCAAGAUCGACAAGAGAUUACGCCCGAGAAUCACAUCGUUCCAGUACUCCGACUUUACUCGAUUGUUCUGACAUAACGGUACCAUACCUCGGCAACGAUGAAUCCUCCUCAUUGACAUCAGGGCCUGGCCUUUUCGCUCGCGAUUCAACGACAAAAAACUAUGGACAUCACAGCAUUUUGCUUCUUCGAUUCGCCUUAACAGUAUUUUACCCUGCAUACCGCAACAUACAACUGCUCAUCUCUUUCCGAGUCAACAAAGCCUCGGAGAUUCCCGGCUCACACCCAUUGGUAGCUGUCUUAACAAAAACUAGCUUUCAAGACCGCGACAUACGGCCACUAGCAGCCGUCUCUGCAGAGAUAUACUCUAGCGACUACUGGAAAACAGUGACAUUGUGUAUGACGUCUUCGAUUCUUACUACGUGGUUAAAACUUACAUUAAAGCUAAAUCUUAGUGACAAUGGCCAAGAUAUUGCUCUUUUUCCUUUCCUGCCUGAAGCGGUGUGUCUAUAG